UCAAAGCUAUUUUAGUUAUUGUCCACGCUUGCGCACAGCGCAAUCAUCUACUUCUAAUAACAAUGUGCUUGAAGACAGCGCUAGAUUUCUUUUGGCGACUUCGGUCUCAUGCCAUGUUGGUAGAUUUGUAGUCAACUGGAGAACUUUAUUCGUAAAACCAGUGAAGUUGUGUGCAAAAGGGGAACUUUGAAAUGGUACAGUCUCGGGGAAAAUGGGUGUGGUUGGUCGUGCAUCUGAAAUCUUACGUUUCCACGCAGUGUCCACUAGAUAUCAUUUAGGGCAUGGCUGGCAUUUAAACGUGCCGUCAAAAAAAGAAAAAGGAAGGAAAUGCUCAUCGUAGUGUAUCACGGAGUUAUGUGACUGUGGUACUGUUGCACUGAAGGGUGGGUUUUGAAGUGGUGUCGUAUAGGGUAGCCGUGUCGUUAUGGCGAUAUUUUGAUUUAGAUUUGGCUUUGAAGCUCCAAAGCCAGAGUGCCUCUAUACUUAAUAAUUCAUUUCUGGGAAAGGAGGCGACGGUCAUAUUGCAACGAUAAAACCCAGUGACGAGGGAGGAGGAAGAGAGCGUCAAUCUAGGGAGGAAGGAAGCGAGGAGGAUCACGAAAGCACAACUAAAGAGAAACAAAUGCCUCGACACUUAUACAUCGUUGGCGAGCCCUUUGAUGAAAACAGGAGGACAUUAAGUGCCAUUCCAUAACUGUUUAUCCAUUUUUAUUCUGAGAAGGCGAAUCCAUUCUGCGGGGGAGGAGGAAAGACCACAUCAGAAGAAAAAAAAUCAUUGCGAGAAGAUGCACAGUCAAGAGGAGCAAUGGUAGCCCCGCAUAUAUAUUUGAUGUUUUUGUGACAUCUGGAAACAAGCUGCAAGGGAUAAACGGAAGAUAAGAAACAUUGUACAGGGAGCUCCGAAUAGCCCGCAUUUAAUUUAAUCAGCAUUUGUUUGGUGAAGAAGAGCAACUGGAAGCCUUCUGCGUCCCGUCUCAACAAUCCAGCCCACAAUCCUUCGACUGGGGGAACCGCUGCAAGCCAGCAAGAUAAAAAAACAGGUGGCUGAGGGGCAGAGGGAGAGCCAGAGGGUCUCGGGGUGUCCACCAUGAGUGAGCUGGAGCAGCUACGACAGGAGGCCGAACAACUGAGGAGUCAGAUAAGAGAUGCCAGAAAAGCAUGCGGAGAUUCCACUCUCACUCAGAUAACAGCCGGUCUGGACCCGGUGGGGCGUAUCCAGAUGCGCACGAGGCGUACCCUCCGUGGCCACCUGGCCAAGAUUUACGCCAUGCACUGGGGCACGGACUCCAGGCUCCUGGUCAGCGCCUCUCAAGACGGCAAGCUGAUCAUCUGGGACAGCUACACUACUAAUAAGGUUCAUGCCAUCCCUCUGCGCUCCUCCUGGGUAAUGACCUGUGCCUACGCCCCCUCGGGGAACUUUGUGGCCUGUGGGGGCCUAGACAACAUCUGCACCAUCUACAACUGCAAGACGCGCGAGGGUCACGUUCGCAUCUACCGAGAACUACCUGGACACACAGGUUACUUAUCCUGCUGUCGUUUCAUUGAUGACAAUCAAAUCAUCACAAGUUCAGGAGAUACAACUUGUGCAUUGUGGGACAUUGAGACUGGGCAGCAGACCACAGUGUUCUCAGGCCACAGCGGGGACGUCAUGAGCCUGUCCCUGUCACCGGACGCCCGCGUCUUUAUCUCCGGGGCCUGUGACGCCUCCGUCAAGCUCUGGGACAUCCGGGACAGCAUGUGCAGACAGACCUUCACAGGCCACGAGUCAGACAUCAACGCUGUCUGUUUCUUCCCCAGUGGAAGUGCGUUUGCCACGGGCUCGGAUGAUGCGACGUGUCGUCUGUUUGACCUGCGUGCGGACCAGGAGCUGAGCCUGUACUCCCACGACAACAUCAUCUACGGCAUCACCUCCGUGGCCUUCUCCCGCUCCGGCCGACUGCUGCUCGCCGGAUACGACGACUUCAACUGCAACAUCUGGGACGCCAUGAAAGGCGACCGAGCAGGUGUGUUGGCGGGUCAUGACAAUCGUGUGAGCUGCCUGGGGGUGACAGAAGAUGGCAUGGCAGUGAGCACUGGAUCCUGGGACAGCUUCCUCAAGAUUUGGAACUGACUUUCAGACACAGACACAUAGACACACAGACACACACACACACACUGCACUCGCACAUACUUUUUCACUCAGUCUGUCACGCUUUCUCUUUUCUUAUCCGCACGGACACACACACGCAUUAUGCUCUCUCUCUCUCUCUCUCUCUCUCUCUCUCUCUCACACACACACACACACACACAAACACACUCUCUAUCUCUCUCUCUCUUUUUUGUUUCUCACAAAACAGUCCUUCCAUAUUCAUACUUGACACUUGAGUGCACACGUUGUACUCCGUAUGCACACUGUAAUGUACAUAAAGUACAUAAACACACACACACAUAAACACACACACACACGCACUUAUAAAAAAACAGAAGGUUAUUGUAAAUAUUAAUUCCAUUGCGGUAUGAGUGUUUAUACCUGUUAUACGCAUCGUAAGCAGUUCAUCACUAUCGAAUUUCCAAGGCAAGUUUGCCCAUUUUUGACGUGCACAAAAAUGCUCCAUGAAUUAGUGUCCCGUCAAAACGUCCACACUGAUGUCUUCUACGAUUCGCAACAAGUGCCCCGUUUACAUGUGCACUUCUAAUCCGAUUCAAUGUGUAAAUCCAUGAAAUAUGCCUGUAAACGGUCAAAUAAUCUUCUUAAAUAUAAAUUUAUUAUAUUUAUUAUAUUAAAUUUCAUAUUUUAUUUGAUUAUUAUAUUUGGUGUUUUAGAUGGUUUAUACAGUAUAAACCAAUUAAACGUGGAAACAGUUGUUAACAGUUAUCUCCCUUUCAUGUAAACCGAUUUUAUUUAACUCUGUUAAACGAAAAGUGCACAUGUUAACGUGGCUAGUGAGUUCCACAUCUUAACACUGAAUCAUGGAGUGAACGAAACGUACUACGUUUAAGAAGCUACUGAGGGAAACUGUGUUGUUGUGAGAGCUAGUAGAGGCUCUUUGAAACACCUGGCAAGAUGACCAGUAUUUAUUUCAGCGUUUAAUAUACUUUCUCUGUCUCUCUCUGUCUCUCUCUCUUUCUCUCUCACUCGCUCUCUCUCUCUCUCUCUCUCCUACACACAGACAUACACAAACACACAGACACAGAAAACAUCUUUAUAUAACACACACCAUCUGGGAGGUUGAGUGACUACAUACUUGAAACCACUCCUUGUCAUGGCCUGAUUUCUUUUGCCACACAUGCCCUCCACCCCACUUCACUCCACUCCGUGCACAGUGACCUGAAUCAAAUGUUGGGGAGGAUGGUAUGGCACCAUCCAGGGAAGCUGACAGGAGGGGACAAAGGGGUCAGUUAUCCCGGGUCCUGGGCGAGAGAGAGAGGGUGCCCGAAAUUGGGUAUCCAUGACAUUGAAUGUGUUGAGCAGGGAGGGGGGACCUUUCAGAUGACUUUGUCUGGGGCCCUGCCAAAGCUGUCAGCUGCCCUGGUGUCAGCACCACCCUCUAUUGAAGCAGAGGAACCGAGUCAGAGACACACAAAAAAACCACUGCCAAAUACCCCAUGCCAUGCCAUACCAUACCCGCUGAUGGUGGAUCACACUUUCUGUUGUGAUAGUUUAGAGAUUUUAUUUGUUUUGUCUUUUUCAUUUUUUAAAAUGUUUAUGUUAUUCACUUUUUUCCUGUGUGCCUGAUUGUAAAAAAAAAAAUGAAGAAAAAAGUUUGAACACCAAAUAUUUAAAGCGAAACAGUCCAUCAGAGUACUGACUGUACAGUUAGAAAUGGGAUGUAUUACACACGACUGACAACACUUUUUUUUGGCAACUCAGUGCAGCCAUCACCGGAUCAUAUAAUUUUGAAUGUCACAGGUCUAGUAAGGGAACUGGAGAGAUGGCUGACCAUGUUGUAUUUCAGAAUGUAUUGCAUUUUCAACUUGUUUUUUCCCCAUUUUCAGGUGACACUUUGGUAACAAUUCACUGCACUGUCUUUAUUAAAAAUGUACAUGGCCAUUCCUUUGA